AGUUUCAGAGUGAAAACAACAACGUGAGGCUUCUGUGUUCUGGAGGGAGAAUCUGAGCAUCACAUUGUCUUUUUACGGCAGUUGUUCCCACUUUAUUGCUUCUUUGUUAGGGGGACCGGCAGGAGGGGCCAGUUUGGAUACAAGAAUGGAUGAAAAUGAAGAUUCUAGUAUUGCUGCAACCAUGGGCUUCUCUGGAUUUGGUAAAAAGGCACGCACAUUUGACUUGGAAGCUAUGUUUGAGCAAACGCGCAGGACAGCAGUCGAGAGAAGCAAAAAAACGUUAGAAGCCAGAGAGAAAGAGGAGCAGAUCUCCAACAAAAGCCCAGUUAUGAAAGAUGUGCCUUCCAGUUCUCGGCAGAAAAAUACGGAUACGUCAAGUUCCAGUAGUGGCUCAGAGGACAGCUCAGAUGAUGAGUUGAUUGGCCCUCCUGUACCUUCUAAUCUUACUGGAGACCAUGGGGAUGAACUAAUCGGCCCUCCACUCCCUUCUGGAUACAAGGACAGUGAUGAUGAGGAUGAAGAACAGCAUGAAGAUGAUGACAAUCCAGUUAAGGGCAUCCCAGACUCGCAUGAAAUUACUCUGCAGCAUGGCACAAAGACUGUUUCUGCAUUGGGACUGGAUCCAUCUGGUGCACGGCUGGUGACUGGUGGAUUUGAUUAUGACGUUAGAUUUUGGGAUUUUGCUGGAAUGGAUGCAUCCUUACAGGCAUUUAGAUCCCUGCAGCCAUGUGAAUGUCAUCAAAUAAAGUCCCUUCAGUACAGCAACACUGGGGAUGUUAUUCUUGUGGUGGCUGGCAACUCCCAAGCUAAAGUGCUUGACAGAGAUGGGUUCCCAGUCAUGGAGUGUGUCAAAGGAGACCAGUACAUAGUGGAUAUGGCAAAUACUAAGGGCCACACUGCCAUGCUUAAUGGAGGAUGCUGGCACCCAAAAAUAAAGGAAGAAUUUAUGACCUGUUCAAAUGAUGGGACUGUGCGUACUUGGGAUGUCUCCAAUGAGAAGAAGCACAAGGGUGUAUUUAAACCAAGAUCUAUGCAAGGAAAACGUGUGAUCCCAACGUGCUGCACCUACAGCAGGGAUGGCAAAUUCAUUGCAGCUGGGUGCCAAGAUGGAUCCAUCCAGAUCUGGGACCGUAAUAUGAGUGUCCACACUAAAUUCCACUGUAGACAAGCACAUACUCCUGGCACUGAUACCUCCUGUGUGACUUUUUCGUAUGCUGGUAAUAUCCUUGCUACUCGAGGAGGCGAUGACACCUUAAAAACAUGGGACAUUAGAAAGUUUAAGAAUCCUCUCAAUGUGGCCUCUGGGUUAGCAAACUAUUUUCCAAUGACAGAUUGCUGCUUCAGCCCAGACGAUAAACUCUUGAUAACCGGGACCUCCGUAAAGAGAGGCGGUGGUGAUGGAAAGUUAAUGUUCUUUGACGUAGGGACAUUUCAGAAGGUUUAUGAAAUCCAGGUCACUGAAGCGAGUGUUGUUCGCUGCCUUUGGCACCCAAAGCUGAACCAGAUCAUGGUGGGCACUGGCAAUGGACUGGCUAAAGUAUAUUAUGAUCCCAACAGAAGCCAGAGGGGAGCCAAGUUAUGUGUGGUUAAAACACAACGGAAGGCACGGCAAGCAGAAACCCUGACGCAGGAUUACAUUAUUACCCCUCAUGCUCUUCCAAUGUUCAGAGAGCCUCGCCAGAGAAGUACGAGGAAGCAGCUGGAGAAGGAUCGACUGGACCCAGUGAAAUCCCAUAAGCCAGAGCCACCUGUUGCAGGGCCAGGUCGUGGGGGCAGAGUGGGUACCCACGGAGGCACCUUAUCUUCAUUUAUCGUGAAGAACAUUGCGCUAGAUAAGACUGAUGACAGCAACCCACGAGAAGCUAUACUUCGACAUGCAAAAGAUGCAGAAAAAAAUCCUUAUUGGGUUGCUCCAGCAUAUUCCAAGACGCAGCCCAACACGGUCUUUGCUGAGGUGGAGUCUGAUGAGGAAGAAACAGACAAUGAACCGGAGUGGAAAAAGCGCAAGAUCUGAAGACGGAAAGAGUUCAUUAUAUUUUGCGUUCAGGUUUCAGCUCAAAGCAUUCAUUCAGUGUUUCCCAUUCCAAUUCUAAAUCUUUUUUUGAAAUAUCAGACUGUAUUUUAUACAUAGAAGACAAAUAAAGAGAAAAACCUUCUUAACAUUUUCUGAAAAUUGCAUUGAAUAUACAGAAAAUAUCGACAGUAACAUUGUUUCCAUAUAAUUCAUGUUGCAGCCACUGAAUAAAGGCCAUACAUAGCCCAGCUUUGCUAUUACUGCUUAACAGGAAAACCAGAGGGUGAAAGAGGGAAUGGGCAGGAUGGAGGUGGAGUGGGGUGGAAUUGGGGCGGCCCAUUACCCUAAUCCAGGCCCCGUCCACGUACUAAAGGUCAAAUUUUCAGUCAUGGCCGACCAACUGUGAUGCUGUCAAAUGGUAUUGAAGAAAGUACCCUACAAACACUGAUUGUGGGACAUUGAGAUCACUUUUUGCCAAGUUGCCCCUCAGCUCAGUGUGUUACAGACUGCUGACAGCGCUAUAUAAAUAAUAAUAAUAAUUAAUGCCCAUUUACACUUUCCCCUGACUAAAGUGCAAUACAAGCGACCCUUAGUGCUCAUCUAGGCAGCAUUUCUGCCCACGGGAAUGGCUUAAGGCCCAAGGUGCACAGCCAUGUUCUCCCUGUAUCUGCAUGGGUUUCCUGUGGGUUCUCCAGUUUCUAUCCACACUCCAAAAACAUACAGGCAGUGUAACCGGAGUCUGACUAAAUCAGUCAUAAUGUGUGUGAAUGUGAUUGUAAGAUUGUAAGCUCCUCUGGAGCAGGGGCUGAUGUAAAUGUUGUAUAAUCUCUGUAAAGCGCUGUGCAAAUGUGUUGGCUUUAUAUAAAUGACACAAUAAAUGCCUCAUAUGUAAAACCCUGCUUCAUCUAAUAAACCAUUUUCAUAAAAAUA